GUAAGCAAAAACACGGGCAGCCCAUGGAUGGCACGCUUCUAAUCAUAAUUGUUGCCUGCCAACCUGCAAUGCACAUGUGUCUGCAAUGCAUAGAGAUUAGGAAACAAUGGAUGAUCAACAAUCAGAUAUCAACUACAAACAGAAAUACAAGGUUCUCAAGCAAAAGCUGAAAUUUCUGGUGUAUGAAAAUGAAUCCUUUCAAGAAGAAAUGAGAAAGUCCCAGCGACGACUAUUACGAAUAUCACGAGAUAAGAGCUUCCUGCUGGACCGGUUGCUCCAGUACGAGAAAGUAGGAGAUUCCAGUAGUGAGUCUGAUGAUACUGCAUCAAGUUCAAGCGAGCCCGAGAAAGGCACAAAGGUUGCAAAAAGGAAAAAGACAUUGUCGAUAUCACAUUCUUUGGCUCCUCCUCUCGGCACAACUGAUCCAAUGGCAGCACUGGCUGCUCUAGGUUAUCCUGGCCUUUCGAAACCCGGGGGUAAACUUUCAAGUGGAAAGACGGGAGAACCACAUAAGAAAAAACCUAAAUCAAGCAGCAAGUCAUCCACCCAACCUGGUCAGUCGACUACUAAAUCCCCUGUACAGCGGGCCAAGCCUCACAAGAUGAGCACUGAGGAUAUCCAUAGACACCUACAAGCCAAAAAGCUCAUCGUUGACACAGAGACCAUUCCAACAAGUGUUCCUCAAGAGAUGUUCAGCACCACACCUGAUGAGAUAGCUGCUGAGCCGUCCCCUGCUCCACAACCAGAGGACAAUGACCAGCUAAUCAUCGACAUUCCUGAGUAGCCGCGCGAGAUUCGCACCUCGUGCACGGUGGCUCCAGCUGCAGGGCCGAUCGGGAGUCGACAGCGCCAUCAUCAACUGCGUCGUCGACAAUACUAUCGUGUCGGCGGCGGCCAUCGGCUUACCACGAUUGCCUGAUCAACAAGUGUCGGCUAUUGCCGCACUCAGCUGAGGCGAUGAGACUAGGCGAAAACAGUCCCUAUGUUCACACCUGCAUGCAACUGUGAAUUCGAGAUCCGUGGAUUGUCUCAGUGAUCGCACCUUGCUUACGGCUGUACGGUCAACACCCGAUAUAAAUCACUGUCAUCAGCUGUCUCUUAACUGUUGAACUUAAGGGUUCACGCAAGGUUACCUGAACUUUGUGGAGCUAAAGCGAAGUGGUGCCAGUGGAGUAACCAGGUUCUGUGACGAAAAUGUUCGGUUGGGAACGAUGAUAGAAUGUCAUGUCAUGUGUGAAGCAGUCGAUCAGUGCACCACAUGCAAAACACAGUCACAAUGCCAAGCACACAUACAUUUGCCCAAGUGGGUGGCCAUUGUCUCUUGCUUAUUAAAAAGGACUGACAGUAUUAUAAACAGCACCCUGUGUGCAGCCCUGACCGAAAAUAUCUUGUCUAAAGUUCAUGAAGAGUAGCGGUGGCACAUCACCAAGAAUUCAUGCAUAAAUUAAGAUGCUUCUUGCAUAGAUUAAGCAAGUCCCUGGUACUAUUUCAUUCAAAAGUUUUUCGUCAAUUGAAAAUUUCACAUGACCGAUGUGGUGACUAUAUUUUGAUACAUAAACAACAUAUCCAUUGCCUGAAAUUAUAUAUUUUUAGACAGGCUAGUGCAAAAAGCUAGGUAUAUAAAUUAUUUGCAUUUGUUAUUGUUAACAAAACUAAAAGCACAGUGCGGCAUGUAAGAACGAUAUAACUACCAUUUAUUAAAAAGUGACAGUGAUAACGUGAUGGAUCCAGGAUUUUAUAAAAAGGCGGAUGGCUGUUACUCAUGGAUUGUGUGUGAAAUAUCAUCAGGUGUGUUGCGUACGUGCAUAUUAUAUACGUGCAUGCACCGUAGCCUUGUGCGCAUGCUUGAUACGACACUGCACUGGUGACAGCUGUUGCUGUAUGACGUCAUAUUCAAAUGUACGUAUGACAAUAUUUUUGUCCUGCUGUACAUGUAUAUAUAUAGUUCCAAGUGUUUAAAGUACGCUCUGCAGAGUUGCCCCACUCGAUGAUAGCUUACGUAUCUAUUUCUCGUUAUUAUUAUGAGUUGGUGAUAAUUUUUUACCAUGUGCAGACAAGAUCCCGGUUAUGCGCAUUGCCACACACCAUAGAAAUGCAUUGAUAACCCGUCUAGGGUAUUAUUUCUAAGGUCAACGCUCAGCAUGGUGCAAAACAUCACAUUCAGUUUUUGUGUUAUCGUGUAAAUAAAUCGGAAACGUCUUGUAGACGUGGCUUAUAUCACAUCGCAAUAAAGCGUAGUUUUCAUACCUAUA